AUGGAUAACUCCCCAAGCGGGCACGGCGGUACCCCCGACCUGCAGUGGCAGAAUGUCGCGCUCGCUCUCUCUUUUGUCGCGUUCAACGCCGCGCUAUCAUACGGCCUGCAGCUCGGCGUAGGAUCGUCGCUUAUCACUGCCGCCGCGCGCUGUGUGAUACAGCUCACGCUCGUCUCAUACGUUCUCGAGCGCAUAUUCAACACCAACCACCCCGCCGCGGUCGCUGGUAUAGCUUUAUUGCUCAAUAUACUCGCCGCGUUCGAGAUUGUGGCGAACAAAUGCAAGAUGCGAUACCCCAAAAUGUUCUUUGUCGUCCUAGCCUCCAUGGCGCUCUCGACAAUACCCAUCUCCAUCAUCGGAAUUCGCUUUGCGAUGAGCGUCAACCCCUUCUGGAAACCGGAACAGUACAUCCCCAUCGUCGGAAUGCUUUGUGGAAGCACCAUCUCUAAUCUCGUGGUCUCGCUCUCGUUCGUGCUCCAAGAGCUAAAUGAGAAUAGAGAUAAGACCGAGACGUAUCUCGCCUUUGGCGCGUCGAGGUUCGAGGCUUGUAAACCUAUCGCGAAGUCGGCGUUGAGACUCGCAUUGACGCCGACGAUCAACCAAAUGAGCGUCUUGGGUAUCAUCUCUAUUCCCGGAAUGAUGACGGGAGCCAUCCUGGGCGGCUCUUCGGUCGUCCAGGCCGCGCGCCUACAGAUGAUCAUCAUGUUCAUGCUCUCCGCGUCGAGCGCGCUGGCCACUAUCAUCUCCAUCGUCUGCACACUCGCUAUCUGCGUCGACGGCCAGCAUCGAGUACGCGCGGAACGGAUCGACUGUAGGCCAUUCGUGUUGUGGCGCGGCUUGGCGAUCCUCGGGAGGGCUUUGAAAAGUGCUGCGAGCAGCGCGUGUUUCGGUGGGAGAGGGAAGCCCGCUAAGGGGACGGAGAGGGAACCGUUAUUGGGUUCGCCAUGA